AGCAAUGCCUCCCGUGGAUGUUUACCCCGCGACCGCCAAAGGCCCAACCAGAGAUAAUGACGUCACCGAUAAGCGCGUGAGGGCGGCGCAGACCAUCCAGGUCCGUCCGCCUUCGAUGGCUGGCCCUCCCUGUCUUGAGCUUUUGACACCUAACUUGCUUCCAGAGGACAUACCGUGGCUAUCGCACGCGACGGGAGCUACAGGGGCUCGGCCUUUCUGCAUCGACUUCGCGAUGGGUCGCGGUAAGAUUGUUCUCCAGAUGGCUCCUGUAUCGUUACUGAUUCUUCCGAUUCCAGGCCGUCAAAGAAGCUGAAUGGCGUAAGCUUCAUCGCCCCUCCGCACCUAGUGAUACAGACAACAUCGACAGCGCCGCCAAU